UGGGUGGCAGGGGCGCGAGCGGGGACGCCGAUCGCCGCUGGGGCCUGCAGGUCACUGAGCUCCCCCCCGGAAGGGGACUGCAGACGGGCGUGCCUGCCUCUGUUUACCCCCACGGCAUUGCCAGCGAGCGCGUCCGCCCCGGCGAACCCCCCCUGCAGCGCCCCAGAAAGGCCGUUCCGCCCCGCGAGGGACACGGAGCCGUUGACCAUGGUUGCAACCGGCAGUCUGAGCGGCAAGAACCCGGCCGGCGUCGCAGACCUGCUGGACCCCGGCUGCCACCCCGGGAGCCUGCUCAGCGAUUUUGACUACUGGGAUUAUGUGGUUCCUGAACCCAACCUUCACGAGGUGAUAUUCGAGGAGACCACUUGCCAGAAUUUGGUUAAAAUGCUGGAGAACUGUCUGUCCAAAUCCAAGCAAACGAAACUUGGUUGCUCCAGGGUCCUCGUCCCCGAGAAACUGACCCAGAGAAUUGCUCAAGACGUCCUGCGGCUCUCCUCUACGGAGCCCUGUGGCCUGCGAGGUUGUGUGAUGCACGUGAACUUGGAGAUUGAAAAUGUAUGUAAAAAGCUGGAUAGGAUUGUGUGCGAUUCUAGCGUGGUGCCCACUUUUGAGCUGACCCUUGUGUUCAAGCAGGAGAACUGCGCGUGGACUAGCUUCAGGGACUUCUUUAGCAGAGGUCGCCUCUCGUCUGGCCUCAGGCGAACUCUGAUUCUCAGCUCAGGAUUUCGACUGGUUAAGAAAAAACUUUACUCAUUCAUUGGAACAACGGUCAUUGAAGAGUGCUAAAAACAACAAAUUUAAAAAGGUUCUUCCAUGAUUGGGCAAUAAAACGAUGCAGCUAGUCAAUUAAACUCAUCUGUAGAUUUCCCCACGUGCCCUCAAUGAGAAACCCCAAACGUAGGCCAUCCUUGUGCUUCCCAUUUUUUGUGGCCUUUGGAGAAAUGACCCAGGACAGUGUACAUUUUCUGCAUAGAUCACCUUUUUUUUUUACAGAAAUGGAAUGGAAUAAAGAAGGCAAAGAAGCCAUCCAUUUCAGUUUUAUAUUUGACAUCACAUCUUUGUCCAGGUGGUCUUGCUGAUAGACUAUACACAUCAGAUUUGCCUACUCUGAUUUUCCGAUGGCUUUUUUUCCUGGAAGUUCUCCAAGUGAUCCUUCCAAUCACAGACUCUUUACUAAAUGAUGCUUAGCUCAUCAAAACUUCCAGAAGCCCACACUACCCGUUUCCUACUCAAAUUUGAAGGGUUCUUGAACAGGAGCGUAGAAUUAAGUGGGUGAGGUUAAUUAAAACUUAACUGUAGGUGAGAGUGAAUGAGAAAUGGCACAGUGGCAACAGAACUGCUUCACUGUCUCUUUGUGUCCUCCGUGUUUUAAGAUGGGGACAAAAGUUUGAGCCGCCCUUGUGGCCACCAUGCUAUUGUUUCAGAUAACUUUAUGGUACGAUAUAAGCCCGGUUUUCCUAGUUCCCAAGUCUUGGAUGUUAUCUUUCUCGAUUAGAAAAUUGGAAAAUGUUGAACUGAUGUUUUUGCAUGUAGUUGAUUCCUCUUCCACUGAGUGAAUGAUGAAGGCCUGUGAGGGUGGGAAGUGAGGUCACAGGUCCAGCCCCUUUCUGAUUCAUUUGGCAUCUAGCUGCUUUUCAGUGUUGCGUGUGCUCGAUCUCGGAUGAACCAUUUCACCACAUCCGUGUUAUCGCUGGCCUUUCCUGGGUAUUCAGGUAUCUCAUCUUCACCCCAGUCUUCAAGGCAAUGGCUGCACACUGCCACUUUAAAUGAUAGAGAUGGGUGUGUUUACAGAUCUGCCUUGGCUAUGGAGGUCUGGUUUAUAACACAGACUAGAGAAUGAAAAUCGUGCUCUAGAAAACCCGUGCACACUCAGCUUUCUUCCACCUUGGAUACCUGUCUCUAGGCAAUAACAAAGGCCUGUGUUUCGUCUUAUUCCAACUAACUAGAUCAUUACAUGUUUCUUUUCUUUUAUGUUAAUAAGAGAAUUUAGCCUCCAUAACAGUGUUCAAUUCAGCAAGUCGUUCGUGUCCUUGCCGUGGGUCACAGAUGAGGAGCUUAUUCAGGUUUUGUGCCCAAGCUAUUCGCACUGCAUCACACCCCAGAGCCCAGGGUCACAGGGACAGGUGUCUUCAUCCUGGUGUUACUCAAAGACAGAUGUGUUCCUGUUACUGAUACUACAAGUGACCCAAAAUGUCAACUGUUCAAAUUAGCAAGUGUUCUAACAGACUGGAUUCUUCAAAUGCUUGGAAAGAUACCAGAAAGCCAGUCUUCGUAGAACCGGGCCAGGGUCGAGCAACGUUGUUUGCGUGUCUGUCGUUCAGGGCUCUGAAGGUUCCUGUGUUUUUGCCACUGUUUCAGAGUCGUCACCACUGACCGGGCAAGGCUUCUCGGGCAUGGUCGUAGAGCUCUUGUCCUUUCUCCACUAACAGUUGCCUUUGGCUCUGCUGCCUGUUGUGCUUACGAAAUGGUGAUGGCUUCUAGAGGCUCUUAAAUUAAUAUUCCUGUUAAAGGAAAUUCAAGUUUGUCUAUUUUUGACAAUAAAGAAUCAUAUGUUUUUAA